AUGUUGUGCGACAGCACAUAUGUCGCUGGUGCCCUUAGUACUCUGUCAAAGUCCUUCUCCGCGCUCUCCUCGCCAAAGACGAACGAGAAUAUCAUCAACAAAUACUUUGCUGAAUUAAUUGGCUUUUAUUUUGGUCAAGAUGCCUUUGCUUUACGACAACAAGCUUAUGAUGAUAUGUUAUGGGUGGUUUUGGGCUGGUUGCAGACGGUGAAAUUCAUUGACCUACACUCGGAAUUACAUUAUUCCAACCUCUCUCAACCAGAAUGGUACGGAAAACAAUACAAACCUGCAUUUGCACACCGCGCUCGACUAUUUUGGGAGUUAGCAUCACAAGGAUGGGAUACUACUCUCUGUGGUGGUGGAAUGAUAUGGUCUCCAUAUCUUCUCCCAUACAAGAAUGCCAUCACCAAUGAACUCUAUAUCGCAGCUUCGAUAUCGAUGUACCUAUAUUUCCCUGGCGACUCUAACCAAUCUCCAUUUCUAUAUUCAAACUCUACCUAUCCACCUCGGGAUCCGAAAUAUCUUCAAGCAGCUGUUGAUGCUUACAAAUGGUUGAACAGCUCAAACAUGACUGAUCUGCAAGGAUUAUAUGUCGAUGGAUAUCAUAUCUCGAAUCUUUCUACCAGUGACAAUACCCGCUGCGAUUCUCGAAAUGAGAUGGUAUAUACAUACAAUCAAGGGGUUUUGCUUACUGGCCAACGUGGUCUCUAUGAUGCGACUGCUGCACGAUCAUACCUUGAAGAUGGCCACAAACUCAUCCAUGAUGUUAUUAAUGCUACAGGUUACGAUUUGAACCAUGACAUUGUCAUUUCACCACCACCCCAAAAUGGUUCCACUUUGGCGAAAUGGUUUGGUUUAGGUAGAAAUGGGAUACUAGAAGAAGCUUGCGAUUCAGAUGGUUCCUGUUCCCAAGAUGGGCAAACUUUCAAGGGCAUAUUCUUUCAUCAUUUGACGGCGCUCUGUAGCGAUUUACCGGCAAGACCUAAUGCAGGCACCGAAGAGAGUUUGAAGCUCGAUAGAGAAUGGCAUUCUGGCAAGUGCUCGAAAUAUGCAGGUUGGAUCAGACGAAAUGCUGAGGCUGCAUUAAACACCAAGGAUGAAGAGGGGAGAUUUGGGAUGUGGUGGGGGGCACCGGCUGCAAACAGUUCCCUUAACAACGAGACACCGAGCCUGAUAUCAGAAGACUCUGUAGACUAUCGAAACCUAGGAGUUCCAAACAAUAGAGAAUGGAGAGGUGAGAAAUACAUGAAAGGAGCGAAAGCGAGCAAGAUUCUUAGAUAUGGAGAAGAUGGAAGUCAUGGUCGUAUUGAGACACAAGAUCCCAACGACCGAGGUAGAGGAAGAACUGUAGAGACUCAGGGUGGAGGAUUAUCUGUAUUGAGAGCAUCCUGGGAGAUAGAACUCAGACAAAUUUGUAUAUAG